AUGCUUACCUGUCUGCUUUUAUGUAUGUUAGGGGUUGUUCUAGCAGCCUCUGAUAGCACCUACGAGCUUCAUUUUCCCUCAUACAGUGGUCAUUCAAAUUCUGCUUCAAAGUACAACCGCCGUACAUCAUCAACCGUGUCUGGGGUUACAAAUAUGUGCCCAGGUUUAAACUUUCAUUGGCAUUCAAGUAAUGAAAAUAUAAUGCCCUACUCAAUGGAUUUAUUAUCAGUCGAUUGGGUUGGUGGUAAUACCUAUGAACUUACCAUCAAUGUCAAAGGUGAGGAACACAUCGAUUUGAAAUACCUCUGGUCUUUGAAAAUCAUUGGUAUUAGCGGUCCACAAAGUACCAAACAGCUUUAUGGUAAGAAUGAGAAUACAUACUUAAUUGAUGACCCAACUGAUUUUACAACCCAAAUUCAAGUAUAUGGUCAAACAUACAAUGGGGACGAUUGUAAAGUUGUUAUGCCAUCAUUCCAAAUUCAGUAUGAAUAUCUUCAAGGUGAUGCUGCCCAGUACUGGAAAACUUGGAAAUGGGGUAAAACUGAUUUUGAUCUAAUGACUGGUUGUGACGCGGACAACAACGGUAAUUCAAAUGCGGACUUCCCACUAUGGUACUGGGAUAACUCAAAAGCUAAGUGCAGUUCGCAAACAAAUACUUCUGACUCUUCAGGCUCCAGACCUUCGGUACCAUCCAGCUCUUUGCCUUCAGCGCCAUCCGGUUCUUGGUCUUCAGCACCACCCAGCCCUUUGCCUUCAGCGCCAUCUGGUUCUUGGUCUUCAGCACUAUCCAGCUCUUUGCCUUCAGCGCCAUCCGGUUCUUGGUCUUCAGCACCACCCAGCCCUUUGCCUUCAGCGCCAUCUGGUUCUUGGUCUUCAGCACCACCCAGCCCUUUGCCUUCAGCGCCAUCCGGUUCUUGGUCUUCAGCACCACCCAGCUCUUUGCCUUCAGCGCCAUCUGGUUCUUGGUCUUCAGCACCACCCAGCCCUUUGCCUUCAGCGCCAUCCGGUUCUUGGUCUUCAGCACCACCCAGCCCUUUGCCUUCAGCGCCAUCCGGUUCUUGGUCUUCAGCACCACCCAGCCCUUUGCCUUCAGCGCCAUCCGGUUCUUGGUCUUCAGCACCACCCAGCUCUUUACCUUCAGCGCCAUUCAGUCCUAAAACCAUUGUGCCAUCUGGUUCUUGGUCUUCAGCACCACCCAGCCCUUUGCCUUCAGCGCCAUCUGGUUCUUGGUCUUCAGCACCACCCAGCCCUUUGCCUUCAGCGCCAUCUGGUUCUUGGUCUUCAGCACCACCCAGCCCUUUGCCUUCAGCGCCAUCCGGUUCUUGGUCUUCAGCACCACCCAGCUCUUUGCCUUCAGCGCCAUCCGGUUCUUGGUCUUCUGCACCACCCAGCUCUUUACCUUCAGCGCCACCCAGCUCUUUACCUUCAGCGCCAUUCAGUCCUAAAACCAUUGUGCCAUCCGGUUCUUGGUCAUCAGCACCAUCCAGCUCUUUGCCUUCAGCGUCAUUCAGUUCUAAAGCCAUUGUGUCAUCCGGUUCUUGGUCUUCAGCACCAUCCAGCUCUUCGCCUUCAGCGCCAUCCAGUUCUAAACCAUUUGUGUCAUCCUGUUCUCGGUCUUCAGCGCCACCCAGCUCUAAACCUUUAGUGUCAUCCGGUUCUUGGUCUUUAGCACCACCCAGUUCUUUGCCCUCAACGCCAUUCAGUUCUAAACCUUUUGUGCCAUCAGGCUCCAGUUGCAGCAUUGUAAGCGGUGUUUCUUCAGUGUCAUCUCAUUGCAGCACUCUCAGCAGUGGUUCUUCGGUGUCAUCCGGGUCUGCUUCUUCUAUACUAUUGAGCUGCAACAGUCUAAGCCAUGGCUCUGCAUCUUUAAUACCUUCAAGCUCUAGAAGCUCGGCAUCAUCAAAUUUUGGCAUUGUGAAUUCUACAUCUUCGUUAUUAUUAAAUUCCUCACCCUUCUCUCCAAUGAACCCUGCAACUUCGGUACCAUUUAAUUCAAGAAUGAGAUCUCCGUCUUCGGCUUCUAGUUUAUUGAUUAAGACAAAACCUCUGCUAGAAUAUGAAUCUGAUAUCGAAGGCUCAAAGUUGUCGAUACCACCAAUCUCUUCCGCUGCUGAUACGAUUAUUCCUGGGACACAUGCUGCGACAUUUAUCACUUCGACAGUUGUAACUGCUGCGUCGUACCGAACAACUACUCUUUUGGCUCCGGAGACCGACAUAUUCCCUGUUCAAUCCUUGAGUUCUAUAGCCUGUACCACUCGGAUUCCAAGUUCGUUCGGUCCAAGCUACUCGAAUAUUUCUUCGAAUCCGAAAAACGAAUCUGGCUCCUGUAUCCCAUGUACGGCUUUGCCUAUGAUUUCGAGUUCCUCUAUACCCCAUACAGCCUUAUCCGGCAACAGCAACGUAUCUCGAGUGCUGUUGGGCAUUGACUCGAGUUCCUGCUCUACGAGAACUAUGAUGACAGUGGUGAAUACUUGUACAAAAAAUUAUGAUUCUUCCCAGUGUUACACAACAGCACUUAUCGCCGAUUCGGCCUCAGCACACACUUUAACUUUUAACCAUCCUGGUUUUAAUCAAUUCUCAGAUGGUGCUGCCUUUAAUGUGUCCUCUGAACUAGCAACUUCGAUUGUUCAACCCACCUCCUACACCACCACAACUAAAACCAGUAGUUGCAGUUCUGCUACAUCAUAUAAUGAUGGAGCAUCAAGGAGUACAUCUAAGAGGUCAUUUAUAUUCGAGCCUUGUUCAGGUCAAGGUGUUCUGUAG